AGCCUCCUCUCAACGAGGAAUCUGCCAGGUAGAUUUACUCAGUCGAACGACGAUCGUCGUCCAAGUUGUGUCUCGGUAAAAUCACAGGUGCACCGUGUGUUAAAAUGGGUUUAGCCCGCUCGCUAGUAAUCACACUGACGUUACUUUACACAGGUUUACAAACAUUGGAAGCAUCUGAUUGGGGGUAUUGGGGAAAACAUGGACCAAAAAAUUGGCCGGGAAUAUGUAGGACAGGAAAGAAGCAAUCGCCGAUCGAUAUCGUGACGGAAGAUGCCAUAAGAGUUGAUCUCGGUGCUCUUAAAUUCCACCGAUACGACUUCGCUUUUCAUGGCAUGAUAAUGAACACUGGACAUUCUGUGCAAAUUCAACUUGAUGGUGUGCCACUUCAUCUCAGUGGCGGAAAUCUGUCGUCGGUAUAUGUUCUGGAGCAAAUGCACUUUCACUGGAGCGCAGAGCACACUGUGGACGGCUCACGUGACCCGUUGGAGUUGCACCUAGUGCAUUAUGAUAAGAAGUAUGCGAAUUUCAGCGUAGCCGCGCAAAACGAAAACGGGAUCGCCGUGGUCGCCGUUCUGUUUGAGUUGAGCAGUGAUGACAAUCAGUAUCUGUGGCCGAUUGUAGAGGCGACAAAGAUGGUGUCACAUUGGGUAGGAAACAACAUGUCACGCAUAAGAAGUAAGCUGGUACCUUUGUUGCUUUUACCGAAGGAUCAUACGACUUAUUACUAUUACGAGGGAUCUUUAACCACACCCGCAUGCCAGGAAUCUGUAUUGUGGUUUGUCAUGACUGAGAAACUCAAAGUGUCGGAAGCGCAGAUGAACAUAUUCAAGUACGUGCAGGGCAGCAACGGCACACUGAAGGUCAAUUACAGACCUAUUCAAGACCUCGGCAACAGAAAGGUUUACCAUCGCCUAGAGGGAUACAUUAACAAGUCCUCAAGUAUCACACAGGAUUCCUGGAGCGUCUAUACAGUCCUCGGUAUUCUUCUAGGCAGACUUUUACACGGGAACUUUUAGUAUGAAAUAACUAAGCGCCAAAGGGGACUUGAUGUUAUAACGCGUGUAUAACGCGAUACGACAGCUAUGUGAUAUAAUUUUGGAGAUAAGAGAAUAACGUGCAUUUAUUAUAACGAAUGUCAUACGCUCGUAUAAAUGCAUUUUGGAAGGCAACGUGUUUUCCAGAAACUACAGAAACAUUGAAAACUACGGGACUAUUAUUAACAUUAAUACAUAAAAACAUAAGGAUUUUACAAAUAACAAAUUCUCCUCUUCUAAGCAUCCUUCUAAAUUCUGUUGAGUAGAUAGUAAAUUUAAAUUUUCUAUCGUUAAAUAUUUAAUUGUUAAUUCGCAUAUAAAGACUUAUUUUUAUAUAAA